AUGGCGCGUGGCAACCAGCGUGACAAGGCUAGGGAGAAGAACCUCAAGGAGCAGGCCGGAAAGAAAUCCAAGAAUACGCAAUCCGGUACCGAGUUUGCCCGCACCAAGGAGAACGUUGCGGCUAUCAUGCGCGCUAAGCAGGCUGCUGGUAAGUCGUCCCUCUGCCUGCCACGUAUCUGCUGCGUGGUCGCAAUGUGUGGAUGCAGACGUGGCGUUGUAGAAUAUCUGUGCUGA